GCUGCGGGGCGCGAGCUGGAAAGCCGCGCGCGGAACCCGGGGUUGACUGCGCACCGCCUCAACGGCGGAUACAACCUUGGUGCGGCGGCGCGCAAGUCUGGCUAGACACUGUGCUGUUGUGAUGGGGAUGCGUGGACUCCAUUCCGCCAGAAAGGAGUCUGCGCACACCCUGACCUCAUCCCGGGAGCAGGUCAGCAGGCAGCACAGCGUGAACUUGAGCCGCAGGGCACUGUACUAGGUUCGCCUGGGUCAUUGCGGAGUCUUGCCGGCUGAGAAUGUCUCCUAGAUUGCAUGUCACCUGAUUCGUUAAAAAAUCAAAACAAAACACGAGUGUCCUCUGGUCUGCACAACGUGUGAGAGGGGACUGGUGGCUCUUUCUCAGCUAUCCGCACCCAUCGAGUCCUCCUCUGUAGACCACUGGGGUCCCCCAGGAGUAGAAUUGCAACCCGUUUCUAGAAACAGCUCAAGAUCUUUUCCGCCCUGGUGCUGCAGUGUUUUUAAAAUAACAAAAUAAUGCACACUCAAAAGAGUAUGGUGGAGUCGUUGUCCAUAACUCUUUAAGUGGGAUUUCUUUCAUGGUGAAAUUUAGAUCUGCCCCGUUGAGAGUAGCCUCUUGGUAAAGUUCAGGGUGAGACAGUUGUUUUCAAUCAGCUUUAGCUCAGAAUAGUGUUGGGUUUGUGACUAAACCAGGAAGUCCAGUGUCUGAGUCACUACUCCCCAGGACACCUGGAAUCUUCCCUGAAUGUGAGAGAUCUGGCUGAGGGCGGAAUCCAGCUGGCAGCCUCCUCCAGUCUGAGACGCCCAGAUGCUGCCCAGACAGGGACAUGGCUGCUGUGGACUGGACCCUGCACACCAUUGCACCCACAGGACCAAGGAGGCAUUACAACAGGAGAAGAGGUGUCCUGAGACAGGGUGCAGACGGAUAUGAGGAUCAUCCCGCCAGGGUUGACCGGUCAUGACUUGUUCUGAAAGUGACAGCAUGCAGCCAUUCCUUCCCUUGGCAGGCUCAGGUGGUGACACAAGAGCGGGCCACUCUGAUUCCGUAACUUCACGGCUAAGGAGACAGGAUGCUGGCCUGAAGACCCACUUGGACCAGCUGGACCAGCAGAUAAGUGAACUGCAGCUGGAUGUAAGCAGGUCACCCUGCGAGGCCUUAGACAGUGACAGCAGGCCCAGCUCAGGUUUCUAUGAGCUGAGUGAUGCCGGUUCCUGCUCCCUGUCCACCUCCUGUGCAUCUGUCUGCAGCGACCGUCUAUCCCCCUCCCUGGGAAGCUGGCUGCCUGUGCUCCAGCCCUCCAAGUCCAGGUCUGGCAUGGGGGACUGGCGACCCCGCUCUGCUGAUGAGACCACUGUCCCUGCGUGGAGCCCACAGCGCACAGAAGAUAGCAGGCUCCUGCAUGGUGCAGAGGACACAGGUCGGCUGAGGGGCAUGUUCCGGCCCAGACCGGUGUCUACAGGCGACCUCGAGAGAGUCCUUCCAGCUGACACGGGGCUCCAGAAUGCUGGCACUGAUGCCUCAUCCCUCCUAUGCCAGGGGAUAGAGAUCCCAGCCCAUGCACUGGACCCCAAGUACCAGCGUGAUCUGGUGGCCAGGGGAGGCCAGGAGGUGUACCCGUAUCCCAGCCCCCUCCAUGCAGUGGCUCUGCAGAGCCCUCUUUUUGCUUUGCCUAAAGAAGCUCCGUGUUUCGACAUCUACUCACCCCCUGAGGAGCCCCCUCUGGUCCCUGCUGACCAGAACGGGACUCAGCCUGAGCCUGAGCCAGAGCCCACCCGUGAGCUGGGCUCAGCCGAAGCCUACAUCCACAGACUACUGCGUCUGCGGGGCCAAGAGCUCCCCCUGAGAGAGGUGGGGCAGGAGCAGGGAGGAGACGCAGCUGCUUUUCCACAGAAGUCCUGUGGCCAGAGGUCAGACGGGAUGGGUCAGCUGGAGAAGCCAGCCUGUGGGGCUGACUGGGGAGGAAUGAAACCAAGUAGGGGUGCUGCCAAGGACAGCCUCAGGCAACAGGGGCCUGUGUCCCUUGUGGGUACUGAGACCCUCAGCAGCCCCCUAAAGGAGGAAACCAUACCUUGGAAUCCCUGUGUCCGUGGAGACAAUACUGUUAGUUCCUCUCCCGCCUCCCAGAUCCAGCAGCCUUACACUGACUGUGGCCAAGGGCCAGUCCUAUCACCAUCAAGGGUGUUGGGACCAGAAAGCCCGCCUCUGGCCCCGGUUCCCUUUGCUUACACAUCCUCCACUACUAAUGAAACCUCCCCAUUGAGGCUGAGGAUGGGCUCUCCCCAAAACAAGGCCAUGAAGGUCAAAAGAAGAGUUAGCGAGAAAGUACCACGGCUGGGGAAGCAGCUCCCACCACAACCGGAGAAACAGCGGGGCAUUCAUGCCGCGUGGUCCACAGAGCUGGACCCCUCCUCCAGACCCCCGCAGGGAGGUCUCAAUAGGAGACCCACACUGGCCAGAGAGCCUCCUGGACGCUCCUGCUCUGAGUCCACCCUCUACCCUGUGCCCCUCCUCGUCCCCCUAGUGGUGACCCAGAGGGAAAGUUACCCCGCCUCAUCCCAAGCUCUCUUCCCAAUGGAGACAGCCCUCCUCAGCUCCGCAGCCAGGCGGAAGCAGCGCAGGUGGCAAUCCACUAUGGAGAUCUCAGCUAAAUCCCGUUCGGUCAGCCGACCUGGGCCCAAUUUGGGGCCCCCUAAGUCCCCAGCCAAGAGAACAGGUGGUCCCCGAGCCCAGAGCAGGCCCUCGCUUGCCCGCCAGGAUGCCUGUGCGAGGAGUGAGUCAGACCCCUCAGAGCACUCUGCAGAGUGCGCCUCGUUAUUUCACUCUACCAUUGCCGAAACCAGCGAGGACGAGGAGGCUAGCGACCACACUGCCAACCGCUUUGGGGACGAGUCCAGCAGUAACGAUUCAGAAGACUGUGCCCAGAGCAGCCGCCGCGGCCUGGCAAUAGGCAGUGCAGAGGCUGCGCAAGGGGGAUGGGCCUGGCCUCCGGUGCCACUCCAGCAGGUCUCGCGGGCACCAGGAGGCACCAGGCCAUCCCUGCCCCCUGUGCCCAAACUGUGCCGCAUAAAGGCCUCCAAGGCCCUGAAGAAGAAGAUCCGAAGGUUCCAGCCAGCAGCCCUGAAGGUCAUGACCAUGGUGUGAUACCAGCGUUUCAGGACAAGCCCUGGACCCUAGAAAGUGCCAUGAGAUGUGGUAUCCCGUGCCAUGUGAUGAGUAGGCAAAGGAUUGUACCAACCUGCUAUUUUGCUUAGGUUUCUCAGAUACCCUUCUUACUGUGGUUGUGUCAUCUGGAGUGACAUUCCCUCCAGCCCUCUUCAUUGCAUGAUCUCAACCACAAUUUGGUUCCCCACCAUACUCUGCCUGCUUUGUGGGGAGAGGUCUCUAACAUUCCUCCCCAGAGACUUCCUAGAAUCACGGCAUCCUGUUGGGGGAGGGGGGGUUAGAUUUGCAUUUAACUCCAUAUUACAGUUGUCUGAAUAAACACCUACACCAUGCUGCUAGAACUCCAAAUAAAAGAACCACAUUUCCUUUCACCUCA